ACUUGGUACAAAGUCAAUAAGGUCAAAAUACAGGUCAUUUUCUAAGGCGGGCAACUUUCACCUCACCUCUCCCCGACACCAUACAACGCCUAUUUAGUUAAUCUAGCCGUUGUCGUUGUCGUGUCCUGACCGCCAAAAUGUCUUUCGGAGGCCAGACCCCCACUAUCAUCGUCCUGAAAGAAGGAACCGAUACUUCGCAAGGAAAAGGUCAGAUCAUAUCGAAUAUAAAUGCCUGCUUAGCUGUUCAAGCAACCAUCAAGUCGACCUUAGGACCUUACGGCGGUGAUUUGUUAAUGGUGGAUGAGAAUGGAAAACAGACUAUUACCAACGAUGGCGCGACAGUAAUGAAGCUACUCGAUAUCGUACACCCCGCCGCCCGAAUCCUCGUCGAUAUUGCAAGAUCACAAGAUGCUGAAGUUGGAGAUGGAACAACAUCUGUCGUCGUUCUGGCCGGAGAGAUACUGAAGGAGGUCCGGGAACAUGUCGAGCAAGGUGUCAGCUCUCAAAUAAUCGUCAAGGGCCUGCGGAAAGCUUCAACUAUGGCGGUAAACAAGAUCAAAGAAAUCGCCGUCAGAACAGACGAGUCCAACAAACGGGAAACGCUAGUCAAGCUAGCCGGCACAGCCAUGACAAGCAAGUUGAUCAAGAAAGAUACCACUUUCUUCACCAAGAUGGUUGUGGAUGCCGUCCUAUCGUUGGAUCAAGAAGACUUAAACGAGAAGCUUAUCGGUAUCAAGAAGAUUCCCGGUGGUUCUCUCACCGACUCCCUAUUCGUCAACGGCGUAGCCUUCAAGAAAACAUUCUCGUAUGCCGGUUUCGAGCAACAACCCAAGUCCUUUACGAAGCCUAAGAUCGUCUGUCUAAACGUCGAGCUGGAGUUGAAGGCCGAGAAAGAUAACGCCGAAGUUCGAGUGGAGCAAGUCUCCGAAUAUCAGGCAAUUGUCGAUGCCGAGUGGCAGAUAAUCUACAAGAAGCUCGAAGCUGCUUACCAAACAGGCGCCAAGGUAGUACUUUCGAAGCUACCCAUUGGAGAUCUAGCAACCCAAUUCUUCGCCGACCGCGACGUGUUCUGUGCUGGCCGUGUCUCUGCUGACGAUAUGGAACGGGUCGUUCAAGCUACUGGCGCCACUAUACAAUCUACUUGUUCCGAUAUCCAGCCUCAUCACCUCGGCACCUGCGGCUCUUUUGAGGAGCGCCAGAUCGGUGGCGAGCGAUUCAACUUCUUCGAAGACUGCCCCGAGGCCAAGACAUGUACGCUAGUACUCCGUGGUGGUGCCGAGCAGUUCAUCGCAGAAGUUGAGCGAUCUCUACACGACGCGAUCAUGAUCGUCAAGCGCGCCAUCAAGAACCACAUGAUUGUAGGAGGCGGUGGUGCUUGUGAGAUGGAGAUCUCAGCAUACCUACACCUCUUUGCCGAUAAGGACGUCCGACACAAGCAGCAAGGAGUCAUCAAGUCCUUCGCCAAGGCCCUUGAGGUCAUCCCCCGCCAGCUAUGCGAUAACGCAGGUUUCGACGCUACCGACAUCCUAAAUAGACUUCGUGUCGAGCAUCGAAGAGGCCGCGUCUGGGCUGGUGUCGACUUUGCUAACGAGGGCGUCGCCGAUAUGAUGGAACGGUUCGUCUGGGAACCUGCCUUAGUCAAGAUCAACGCUCUACAGGCGGCUACCGAGGCCAGCUGCUUGAUCCUAGGCGUCGAUGAGACGAUCCGCAACGAAGAGAGUGCGGCGCCGCAGGCGCCCGGCCAGCCGCUACCUCCAGGAGCAGCUCAGAGGGCAUUAAGGGGACGAGGAAGAGGUAUGCCAAGAAGGUAAAUAUGAGCAGGCUAUUAGGGGCUACGUUGCAUCAAAGAGGGCGCACGGUAAUGUACCUAUGAUACCUAAAAGGCUACGCACGGUUCUUACAUGUCGGGUAUAAUUGCAAAGUAUAGAUGACAUGAAAAGAAAAUUUGAACUGAUGAAUCUUGAACGUUUACUAGGUGGUGUGUCAGCAUAAUUAGGCGUAUUAUCAUGCAGGACUCGCAACCUAGUGCUACAGUAUGUAAGCUAGAGAUGAAAGGGGGACUUACCCCUAUUUUUUACCCAAGC